UUUUAAAUGGAGAAGAAGACAGCAGGUGCUGCAGCAGUCGCAACAGAAAGGAAUGAUCCAGUCAAAUCAAAAGCAGUGGAGAAAAAGAAGCGUAAAAGGGUCGUUCUUACUAUUGAAGAAAAACUAAAGAUAUUAAAAAUGAUAGACAAUGGUGUUUCAUACUCAGUGAUAGCAGAAAAGUUUGCCAUAGGAAAGAGCACUGUUGGUGAUAUAAAAAAGAACAAAGGUACAAUAUUGAAGUUUAAGAAGAAUAUUGAAGAGAUGGGGAUGAGUAGAAAGACAAAGACAAUGAAAUUAAGUGAUGAUGUCUUGCUUGAUCAGUGCGUUUACCUCUGGUUUAAACAGAAAAGGAUGAAAGGUGAACCAGUUAGUGGACCACUUUUAUGUGAAAAAGCUGUUGAUCUGUCAAAGAGAAUACAUAAUGAAACAACUAGUUUUAAAGCAAGUGAUGGAUGGCUCUGGAGAUUUUGUAAAAGGCAUGGUAUUCGGCAACUUUCAUUGCAAGGAGAGAAGCUAUGCAGUGAUGCAGAAGCAGCUGAUAGUUUUAUCACAUCAUUUAGAGAAUUGGUGACAAAGGAAGCAUUAUCGCUAAAUCAAAUAUUUAACUGUGAUGAGACAGGUUUAAACUAUCGUUUACUACCAGAAACAACACUUGCAGCUUCCUUUGAAAAAUCUGCUGCAGGAAGAAAAAAAUCAAAAGAGCGCAUAACACUUAACUUGUGUUCAAAUGCAUCAGGCACAAUCAAGUUGCCAGUUCACAUAAUAGGCAAAGCGAGACGUCCGCUUUGUUUUAGGAAGCUAGACAUGAAUUUGCUACCUGUUUUAUAUACUAGUCAUAGCAAUGCAUGGAUGACUGCAGCUCAGUUUACUGAAUGGUUUCAUGAGACAUUUGUACCACAUGUUCAAGAGAAUCUGCACAAGUUAGGAGAGGAGCCCAGAGCCGUGUUAGUCCUUGAUAAUUGCUCUGCUCAUGCUGUGCCUGAAGACCUUGUCAGUAAGAAUGGAAAAAUUUUUGCUCAAUUUUUACCACCCAAUGUCACUGCAUUAAUCCAGCCUAUGGACCAAGGCGUCAUACAAGCUGUGAAAAAGCGAUAUAAAAAGAAGUUGUUACGUAGGCUCAUUAUUGAGGAUGAUUGUGGUACAUCAGUUUCAGACUUUUUGAAAGGGGUCAAUUUAAAAGUAGUUGUUGACCUCAUUCAUGAAUCAUGGAAUGAAGUCACAAAAGAAACAAUUAGAAAGUCAUGGAAUAAAAUUCUUCCAAUCAUAACCAUCAAAAGUAGAGCUGAAGUACCUAUUCCAUCUACACCAUUACUAGCAGAAUUGUAUCAACUAGCAACUGAUGAUGAAAGUGAAUAUGAGGCUGACUUUUGUUUAUCAAGUAUUGGUAACUCAUGUGGCUCUGGCUUAUGGCAUGGUUUGAGAGUAAGGUUUCACCAUGAACCUGCACAAGACACUAUACCAGAAUCAAGUGAUGAUGAUGUAUCUUUACAAGUUUUUACAGAUUACUUUUCUGAACUUGGAAUGACAAUAAAGGAAACUGAGAUUGCUCAGUGGCUAGAAAGCGAUGCAGAUCACAGUGGGCUUCAAGUUCUAUCUGAAGAAGAGAUUUGUGAUUAUGUGACACGCGUCAUGCAAGGAGAAGAAAAAGAUGAAGCUACAGAUGAAGAUAAUUCAGAAACUGAUGAAGAAGAUAUUCCAUGUCCUGUAACAAAUAGUGAUGCUGCUCAUAUGUUUGAACGCUGCCUGAUGUGGUUAGAGCAUCAAGAAGAAGCCACUGUCUAUAACACAACACUGCUUAAAGAAUUGCAGAUUUUAGCAUCAAAAAAGAGAAUGCAGUUACUUAAGCAAACAACUAUCAAGAACUAUUUUCAUAGAGGUCUGUAAAUUAAUUACAUGUACAUGUGUUGUUAUAACAUAGAGAUACUUUUAAAAUAUAUAAUACAUGUAAGAAUAGUCAUAAUAAAUCAUAUCAUUUUCUUUUUCCUAUUUUCUUAGUCUGCUCUUCUUUAUCUUUACUUUGAUUACAACAAAUUUACAUGUACAUGUAUAUAAGAGAUGAACUAUUCAUGUUAUACUGCCGGCCCGAGCAAUUAUAAUUGUU